AUACAAAAGUCUGAAAAGAUUUACGCGAAAUUUACAGGCGCGUGGCUGUCCAGGACACGCGGAUUAUUUUCUCCGAGCUGCGGCAAGGUAAUACGAAGAAUCGGUCAAUAUGCAGAUCGCGUGCGUUUCUUUCGCUAAAUGACACAGAUAAUCAGGCAAGGACAAUAGCGAUGGAUUGAUAGAGAACAUUCACGAAAGCAUGCGAGCCAUUUAAUGGCUUUUCCGUGAGCAAUCGGAGAUGCAGCGUUUAGUGGGAGACAGUGCAAAAAGUACGGAUGGAAAUGUUUUCGUUGUACAAGUUAUGAAUUUAAGCCGGGCAGCUGCCCGAUUGGAACGAUGGCUGUUGUGCACUCUGCCGCGGUGUAGUGGCCCAUCGAUGUCUGCGUGUCUCCGUGUCAAAUUAAUUAAAAGAGGAGAAAUGGAAUAUUGUCAAUCACAAGUCGAAUAUCUCUUCAUAAUUCUCAAUUAUGUAUAAGCACAUCACAACUGUUGUAGAUAUCGGGACGAUAUGGUACAUCAUCCGAAAGGAAAAUCAGCGGUACGGGAAAGGCGGAGUUCUCUUUUCAUUCAAAACGCGCUUUUAGUAAAUGAAGCAACCGUUCAUGUGAAAAAUGGAAGCUAUAAUAAAGCCAUAUUUCUGUACAAUCAAGCAGUGGAGAUGAAUCCGAAUGACAAGAACGCCUUAAUAGCGCGAAGCAAAUGCCAUCUUCUACUGGGUGAUCCGCAAAAGGCCCUGGACGACGCUGAAGCGGCGUUGCGGCUAAACCCGAAGGAUUCCAGCAAGUCCAAAGCGGUGUACUGCAAGGCGGAGGCUCUUUAUCAUCUUGGCGACUUCGAAAUGAGCUUAGUGUUUUAUUACCGCGGGAUGAGGAUUCGUCCGGAAUUCGGCGAAUUUCGUCUUGGUGUUCAAAAAGCAAAGGACGCAAUACAGAAUAUAUUACUUUUUAGUGGCUUAUGUGUGGCAGCCUGUAACACAGAAAGUAUUCAACUUUCGAAAACAAUCUUAGUGAUUUCCUCAAUCCUAAUAUUAAAUGACAAUGUAACAUAAGAUAAUAUAACAUAAAAAAGAAAUGUACGCGGUGUGAAAUGAAUUUUGUCAAGAUCAAUGGUUCUCGCGAUUUAUUCAUUCUUUAAACUAUUAAGGACCAGUUUCACAAACUUAUCUGUCUCUUCUUAGGUAAUAAGAUAGAAAAAAAUAGAGGGAGUUGACUGAACUCUUGUUAACGUUUGUGAAACUGGCUGUAAUUCAACAACGUCUAUUGGUUCGUCGUGGCCGUAUCGGCUACCGUUUAUCAGGUGCCGGGCGCCAUAAUUAGAAGAAGAAGAAGUAAGAUUUAAGAAACUGACCAAUCACAAUCGAGUACUCUCCUCACAUUUAACUAUGAGGAGCUGUACUUAAUUGAGAUAAUAUUAUUCCAGGAUAUAUGCAUAUGUACGUAUUUCGCUGUUAAAAAAGAGUAUAUCAUUACUUAUGUUAUGUUUAAAACAUUUUAAGUUUAUAAAUUACGAUUCAUUUGUUUCAAUGGAAAAGUUUAGCAUAUCACAAGUUUUUACAACUACGUACAUUAUAAGAAAUAAAAUUAUCUAAAGGGUAUAUCAUUUUUUCGACGUAGCAUUUCUUACUAUUUCAAAUUUCGCGCUCCAGUAUAGGUCACACCAAUAUGGCGCUUACUGUUCCCCCCCUUACGUCAGGUUAGACAGGCCGAGGGGAAAUAGCCCCAUCCCGUUAUUCUUUCCUCCAUGAUUCUGACAUCUAAUUUAUGUUAAUGUAAUUUUAAAAUUCACAGCACAAUUUUGAAAAAUAGGCGUAGCAUAGACGCGCACAAAGUGGAGACUUAAUCGAUAGUGUCAUAAAAUGCGUAACAAAAUAGUUUCAAAAGUGAAAAUGGGCGUAAGGGCGCGCAAAACAGUCUCCUGAAACGGUGUCAAGUAAAACGCUGCGGCCUCCGCUUUCAGGUUUCUCUCUGCUUAAAAUGUCAUUAGCUGCACGGUCGGCAUUGCAAAUCCGAGGCGUCGGAGUGCUCUUUUGCAUUCGAGUGAACGAGAGAGGAAAAUGAGAUAGAGAAGGAGCAAGAGCACUCCGACGCCUCGAAUUUGCAAUGCCGGACGCAGUCCAUUGUAGAACAUCGCGUUAAAUAAUGCAUCAUGCGACACGGAACGCGUCCUGUGUAGUCAGAUCCUAUUGAACCGACUUCCUUCGUUCCAAUACGGCGCGCUCAACUGCUCUCCCCCCCCCCCCCUUCCGUCCACCGCCAAGUCCCGCGCUCUGCUACACUGUGCGUUCCGCGGAAAAAUUCACUUUGCAGCUGGUUAAAAUUCGUGAAUCCGAUUGGCGUAUGCUCCUAGGUUGAUCCAAGAUCGAGAGAAUACGCCAAUCGGAUUCACGAAUUUCACACAG